GGAGAGCGCACCAGCGAGCCGCGACCGCGGGCUAGAGCGGCCGGCCGCCCGGGGAGGCCUCGCGGGGGCGGGGCCUGCGGCGGAAGCGGAAGCGGCGGGUCGGGCGCGGGGCCUAGCGAGCCGGAGCCGAGACGAUGCACCACUGCAAGCGGCGCCGCUCCCCCGAGCCCGAGCCCUACCCCAGCUGCCGCUGGAAGAGGCGCCGCUCCUACAGCCGCGAGCACGAGGCCCGGCCGCGCUACCCGCCGCGCCGGCAGCCGCCCCGCAAGUCCCGCUCCCGCAGCCACGAGCGCCUGCCCUACCCGCGGAGGUACCGGGAGCGCCGCGACAGCGAGGCCUUCCACUGCGAGGAGCACAGCCCGUCGUUCGGGGAGGACGGCUACGGGGCUCGGGCCCCGCACCGCCGGCGCUCGCGGGAGCAGGAACCCCAGCGGCCCCGCCGGCACGCCCACCACUGCCGCAAACGCCGCACGCGCUCCUGCAGCAGCGCCUCCUCGAGAAGCCAGCAGAGCAGUAAGCGCGGCAGCCGCGGCGUGGAGGACGACAAGGAGGGCCAUCUGGUGUGCCGGACCGGCGACUGGCUGCAGCAGCGAUACGAGAUCGUGGGUAACCUGGGCGAGGGCACCUUCGGCAAGGUGGUGGAGUGCCUGGACCACGCCAGGGGGAAGUCGCAGGUGGCCCUGAAGAUCAUCCGCAAUGUCGGCAAGUACCGCGAGGCCGCGAGGCUGGAGAUCAAUGUGCUCAAGAAGAUCAAGGAGAAGGACAAGGAGAACAAGUUUCUGUGUGUGCUGAUGUCCGACUGGUUCAACUUUCACGGCCACAUGUGCAUAGCCUUCGAGCUGCUGGGCAAGAACACCUUCGAGUUCCUGAAGGACAACAACUUCCAGCCCUACCCGCUGCCCCACGUGCGACACAUGGCCUACCAGCUGUGCCACGCGCUGCGCUUUCUGCAUGAGAACCAGCUGACCCACACUGACUUGAAGCCAGAGAACAUCCUGUUUGUGAAUUCUGAGUUUGAGACCCUCUACAAUGAGCACAAGAGCUGCGAAGAGAAGGCGGUGAAGAAUACCAGCAUCCGCGUGGCUGACUUCGGCAGCGCCACCUUUGACCACGAGCACCACACGACCAUAGUGGCCACGCGGCACUACCGGCCGCCCGAGGUGAUCCUCGAGCUCGGCUGGGCCCAGCCCUGCGAUGUGUGGAGCAUCGGCUGCAUCCUCUUUGAGUACUACCGCGGCUUCACGCUCUUCCAGACCCACGAGAAUCGAGAGCACUUGGUGAUGAUGGAGAAGAUCUUGGGGCCCAUCCCACCACACAUGAUCCACCGCACCAGGAAGCAGAAGUACUUCUAUAGGGGGGACCUGGUCUGGGACGAGAACAGCUCCGACGGCCGAUACGUCAAGGAGAACUGCAAGCCCCUGCAGAGCUACCUGCUCCAGGACUCCCCAGAGCACGUGCAGCUGUUUGACCUCAUGCGCCGGAUGCUGGAGUUCGACCCUGCGCGGCGCAUCACCCUGGCCGAGGCCCUCCUGCACCCCUUCUUUGCCGGCCUGACCCCCGAGGAGCGGUGCUUUCACACUGGCCGCAACCCCAGCAGAUGACGCGGGGACCGGGGACACGGGACAGGGUGGCACCGAGCAAUGUGAAGGGAGGCCCAGCGCCCGCCCUCGCUAUUUAUAUGUUUAAAGUUCUAAUAAAGCGUUUCUUACUGUUUG